UUUACUGUGUAAAGUGUAAACCUACUGAAUAAUGAUACAAUUAGAUCUUGCUUUGAAAUGAAAGAAUAUUGAGAAUCGGAUGGUUUUUCUUUUAUAUAUGUUCUCGUUAAUUUUUUCAGAUGUACAAACGUUCUAUUAACGUAUCAGGAUCACCCGUCGCUACGUAGUUUAAACAAUUUUUUUUACAUACCGCCGCGGUCGCCUGCCAAUUUUAUACCAUUUUAGUUACCACACAAACAUAUUACUGAUGUUACUAAAAUACGGCGGUAACGUUUUGAUAUGGACGAGAUAUCCUUGCUGAAAAAACGCACGUCGGAAGACGAAGCGUUGUACAACAUGACACGGAAUGAAGACUCUAAUCAGACAGCUUCCAAGUUAAAACGGUCUUUCUCGUUGAAGCGAGACCUCAUACGCACCAAGCACGUCAAGCCCAACGACAUGGAUGAUGCCAAACUUAGAUUGUCCAUGUUGCGAAAGCCGUCUUCGUGGAACAAGGUCCUAGGAAAGAUGUUGCAAAAAAUGUCUUAUAUCGGUUUACAACAGGAUAAAGGCAAUUUGUGUUCCAAAUACGACGCCUAUGUGUCACGGUCAUCGUCGGAUAUUUAUAAUGAAAAUUCAUAUCAAAGUCCAAAAAUAUUGAGCGGAGACAAGGUACCAGGUGUAGUUGGACUUCGGAAUCAGGGUAAUACUUGUUUCAUAAAUGCAGUGCUCCAGUGUUUGAGUCAUACCGAUGUUUUAGCCAGAUAUUUUGUGAUGGAUCAAUACAAAAUGGACUUGACAAGAAGAAACAAGUUGAAUUCAAAAAAGUAUGGCACACGAGGAGAAAUGACCGAACAACUGGCGUUGCUGUUGAAAUCAAUUUGGCUAUGCAAGUACGACCCUGACAUGUCAAAUCAGUUUAAAGCAAUUGUUGAUAAAUAUGGUACUCAAUAUCGAGGGAAUAAUCAACACGAUGCUCAAGAAUUUUUACUUUGGCUCUUGGAUAAAGUUCACGAAGAUCUAAAUACAGCUACAAAAAAGAAAUAUAAAACUAUUAGAAACACUUUCGGAAGGCCAGAUGAACAAGUAGCUGCCGAAACUCUUGCCAAUCACGUUCGAUGUAAUGAAUCUUUUAUACAUAAUGUUUUCCAAGCACAAUUUAAAUCCUCCUUAACGUGUCCUCGUUGUAUGCGACAAUCCAAUACAUUUGAUCCAUUUUUGUGCAUAUCCAUACCAGUACCACAAUGUUAUUCUAUGCCUGUAUAUGUUACUGUAAUUUAUACUUCUCAACAACCUAGAGAUGUUAAACUAGGGUUAUCUCUUCAAGUUGACUUUACUGUUGCCGAAUUUCGAGAACUUUUGUGGUCUUACACAGGCAUACAACAAGAACAUAUGCUCAUUACUGAAAUCACCGAUAUAGGCUUUAACAGAACAUUUUGUGAUUCUAUGCCUGUAUCAAUGAUUAAAGAAUCGGAUCCAUUGUAUUGUUUGGAACUUCCCAAACUAAACGAUUGCAGCAAUGAAAGUGGACCUUAUUUAUUACUCUGUUGGGUCAAUGUUCUUAUUGUAGAAGAUCAAUGUUCAAGAUUUGGAAGUGCAUAUACAAUGCAAAUCUGUCGUGAAACUUCUUAUAAAGAUCUUCAAAAGCUUUUACUUAAAGAGAUGGCUUCAAUGCUGCACGAUGAUAUUCUUACAACAGAACAGGAUAUACCUUUGUUUGGAAUAAGAUUGGUAGAUGCAAGCGAUUUACCUCAAUACCUUGAUCCAACUGUUGAGCUACCCCUUUUUACGGAUCCUGUUGAACAAGCUUUAGUAAUGUCUGGUGAUCAACCACAUGUAAAAUUAAUACUAGAAUGGAAUCUUCACGCAAAAGAAGCAACAAUUGCUGACCAUUGUGAACAAGUUGAAGAACACGCUAGUGUAAAACAACUCAAACUUAAUACAGAAAAAGGAACAUCUAUUACUCUUGAACAAUGUUUUGAUUUGUAUACCAAAGAAGAAAUAUUGGGACCAGAAAACGCCUGGCAUUGUCCACAGUGUAAUUUAAAACAAGAGGUAGUGAAAAAACUUGGAUUAUGGACGUUACCAGACAUAUUAGUGGUUCAUUUAAAACGUUUUCGACAGUCAUUGACAUUACCAUCAACGCGACAGCAAAAUAACAAGCAGCCUACAAAACUCUCAGUCCUUGUAGAUUUUCCACUGUAUAGUUUUGAUAUGACCCCUCAUUUAGCAAUUGGCCGAGAUGUAAGGGUACCGUUGAAGCCACCUACUUCACGACGUUUAUCUUCUAUACAUGAUCGUAAUUUGUAUGAUUUAUAUGCUGUUUGCAAUCACCACGGAUCAGAUCCUCACAGCGGACAUUAUACUGCAUUUUGCAAAAAUCCAUAUGACAAGCAAUGGUAUAGUUUUGAUGAUACAAAAGUCACUCCGAUCCCAGACACGUCAUUAGUUACAACAUCAGCGUACAUGUUGUUCUACCAAAGGAGGGAUAUGGUUCUAAAUAACACCGACCAUUGGGCAACAAGGUUGCAUGCACACAUAUCAAAUAGUCACUCAGUUGGACAAAUUGUUGACAAUAUAGAACACAACAUUGAAGAUAAUAUUGACGAAUUAAGUGACUCGCCAUCUAGCAAUACCAUUUCCAGGUCAUCAACAGUGGAAAAUGAUACAGUUUUUUCAAGAUCAAAUUCACCUACUGUAAAUGACAGAAUACAAUCUGAUUCGAGCGCUGACGAUUCUGAUAAGAAUUUCAAGAAACUUUUAUUUAACGCCAAGGAGUCCUGUAUUUAAUUAAUAGGUGAAUAAAUAGGUGAUGUUGUAAAAUUGUUAUUACUAAGGUUUGUAAACCGAUUACCAUUGAAGAAUUAUUAAUUGUUGGUUUUUUUAUGAUAUUUAAGUAAUUAAGUUACUGAUUAGAUAGAAAUAGUAACAAUAAUGUUUUGGCAAAAGGUAAAUAAUUUGCUCAUAUUAUAGGAACAUUCCUUGUACAUUUAUAUGCUAUCCAUAUAUAUUGAUUUUAUGGAAAAAACAAAAUUUGUACUUAGUGAGCAUGUUUUUUGUUAAUUGUAUAUCUAACAUAGUAGAGAAAUCUUUAAUAC